AUGAAGCUCAGUCUUUUCGUCCUAUUAAGCACUGCCGCUAUGGGCCUGGCAGCCACAUGUCCAGGUGCAAAGCAGUGCCAAUGUCUCUUCGAAGAUGGCUCACACUGCUGCGCCUAUGGAUCGAAUGAGCAAACCGGCGAUGACUAUGACUGUACUAGGCUGUGUAGUGGUGCCAGCCGUCUCCUGCAGAGUGGCGAAGACACCCCGACAAAGUGCAAUGCAGGAGGUAAAUUCUCAUGCGCCUCUAUCUUCACUAUCCAGGGCCGUACGCCUUGCUACAACAAUGCUUAG